GAGCAAGUUCGUUAUGCAUAUGCCGGAGUUCCGGGUUUAUAGUGGUGUCUGUUCACGAAAAACAGAAUUGUAGAAAAUUAAGAAGCACCUCCCAACCAGAGCACCGGGUCAAUAAAUAGCUAUUUUUGUGUUCUCAAAAUAUUAUUUUAUCUUUUUAACUUCCGCUCCAAGGGGUUUUAACACCGCGUUGAGGAACUAGGAUUCAACAGAUUACAGUUUCGAUUUCGAACGUGGACUAGACGAGUACUCAUCUACAACUUUGUAAUUACAAGAACUACCUUCUAGUCUUUUGAAGAUAUAUAGAUAGCUUGUUACUUAUUAUUGGUACAAACAAUCGAUGGCUUGUGUACUGACAUCAGAUGAUCGGGUAGGAGAGGUCUUGCUGAGCAGAGUCGUGUGUGACCAGCUAGCAGAGGUGUCCUCGUCAGAAGGCCUGUUAAUGGAGACCCAGACGAUGGAGAACGAGCACGACGAGAGGAUUGUUACUCAGCUGGCUUUGAUGAUACGAAAGAUUGGUGAUGCCGUCGAGAAAGACGGGGAGCUGAAUGAUACGAUAGAUGGAAUAGUGGGGAAGAUGUCCAACAAGUCCAACUACUGGAAGGUGGCAGAGCAUGUUUUCGAGGAUGGUCACAUCACCUGGGAGAGAAUAGCUGUGCUGUUCUAUGUAGCAGGGAGGAUAGCUGUCAAAGUGGUGAUUGCUCAUUUGCCCCAGUAUGUGAAAGACAUUCUGACGUGGACUUUGGAGUACUUCAAAAGCAAAUUACUGAGCUGGGUCCAGGACAAUGGAGGAUGGUUGAACAGCUUCUCAGAGCUGGCGCGUGUUCAAGUGGAGAGGAUGAACUCUAUGAGUGGCUGGACUUCAGGGAUCUUCUUGGUCUUUAUCGGAGGCGUCCUACUGGGUAGUGUUAUUACCUGGAAACUAGCCAGAAGAACCUGACAAACUUUGGUUUACUAUACUUCAGGAAUUCUGGUUAUCACUAGUAAUGCACUAAACUAAACUACACACACACACACACACACACACACAUACUUUCCGUUACCCCUGUCUAUGCAACACCUACCCUCUGACUUGAAACUAAGAUGCGGUAAAGCUUUCAUGCAAAGACCUUGUGACACAAUGUCAGGCUAUGUGGGUGAUAGUCCCUCCCCUGUCUGCAGUAAGCCAAUCAUAUUAAAGUGUCAGAGCAGCAUCAUGUACUGUAACUGAAACCAUGUAAUUUUUAUACAAUGAAAUGUAUAAAUAUAACUUUGUGUACAAUGUUUUACAGAAAUAAAAAUAUAUAUACUUAUUUUA